AUGUUACUUAUUUCAACAGCGGAGGACAACAAAAAAAAAGCAACUCUGAUGGCAACCUUGAAAGCAGCAGAAUAUAUAGAAACAAGUGGUCCCAUACUUUCAACACAGGAGGUCGGCAACGUAUUUCUAGAGGAACAGCAACGCAUCUUGAAUAUAUCCGUAGAUAAACGACCAAGAACAUCGUCUGCACUAAUAUUUAGUCAACUGUCUCGCUUCCUAAACAUCAAGCAAGUCUAUAUUUGUGGUAAGGCCUUCAUAAUAGAAAACAAAAAUCAAAAGGUAAAUGAACUUAUUGAGAGAUUAUCUAAUCUAACAAACUCUGAGAAAAUUGUCAACGACAAAAUUGCCGCAGCCAUUGGAGAUAUAUUUCAAGAUUCACUGGCAUAUGUCGACACAAAAAAAGCUCGAGACGUUUUAAAAGCACUGUUCGCACAGGCAACAAGUACAAAAUUUGUUACCAAAUUACAAGGUGUAACGAACAAAACAUCAACAAUGAAUGCCAGAGACGAACUCCGAACUAAGCUUAAUCAGUUCCAAGACAUACAAAGAACGUCAGGAGUGGUACGAAACGAUAUGACUAAUGAACAACAAAGGCGUUUAACAAAAAGGAUUGUAGAGAAACGCAAGAAAAACGAAGCGAAACUUCAACAGAAAUUCGAUCGAAGGGGUCGAAAACUAAAAGUUGAAGAAUUCCCUGAAAUGUCAAAAAUCAUUGAAAAUGUUUUUGAAACUGGUUCUACUGAUGACAAAAGGGGAGGUGGUUUGGAAAGCCAUCCUCGGUUGAUUACAACAACACGAUACCGAACGCCAGAUAAUGUGACUUUCAUGCGCCAAGCUAGAGAAAUAGUACUUGCAUGUGCUCCCUCAAAUUUUACUGUCUCAUUGUCGUCGUGUUAUAAUUAUACAGAAAAUUAUAGACAAAAUUCACAUGAAGCCAAGCGACAUCAUGCCGGAAGAAACAUAAAUGCAAACAUAUCUUUACAUCGUCCACCGCGUGAUGCCGUUGUUGAUGACAAACUUGUAGUAAAUCUUCAUUGGUCAACAUGCAACGUGAAUUACACCGUCGAUACUGCAAUCGGAAAAGAAAAUGCUUACGUUCUGGAUUCGAAAGAUGCAAAAAGAAUCGUGUUAGCUGAUAGCUGUCCUGUUCAAAAACCAGGGAAAACUUGGAAAAAUAUUCAUUUGCCGGAUCACGACUGGGAUCAAAGCAGGACUAAUGCGAUCACACCUAUGUCCCAUUUAUUUUUAGAACCCUGUGUGACACACAAAGAAACCAUUCCACUGCUGCUAAACGAAUCAGACAUGUAUAUAACGCCAGUAGAAGAAAGCUCUCUCAUUCUGCAUGUAACAAGAACUGGACGAGCAGUAACACUUUUAAAUCUUUCGUUCUUUGAACCAGAAACUACAAGUAGGACUUUUAACGAGAUAUUUCUUCUUCUUACUAAGCCUUCUCUAGACUUUGUAUUCAGAAACCCUGUAUCUGGGAAACUCAAGGAAAACUUCAUCUUUGUUACUGAUAACGGACCUGCUGAGUCUCCGGCAAGUCCCCUCGUAAAACUUUGGCUAGCUAGAAUGCUGAAAUUUCUAAAUUUGGACUCAAUAUCUCAAAUAUCGUUUGCCGAAUAUCACAGCAAGAGGAAUUUUGUUGAAAGGGUACAUGCUGCCGAAAAUGAAGUGUUAUCACGAGAUCAUUUUAGUUCCAAAUUAGUACACGAGAAAGCAGAACCUGGUAGCAGAGAACACAAAGAAAACAUGGAGGAGAUGGCAUGCAGGGUAGAAAAGUGCAUUCAACAGGCCAAGUUCAAUGGAAAAGUUUUGCAAGUCUUCAGAGGAGUUGCAGAUAAUAUUAUUUUUGAUGAUGAGGAAAGACUGCAAACAUUCUUAAGCUUCUCAGAAGAAAAGAAACAAGAAUGUACAUGGACCUAUAAUACAAUUCAAAAUGAUAUUACUGAAAGUUUAUCAGUGGUGUGGAAUGUUGACACACAAAAUUUCACGGGGCAGUACACAAAUGACUACAUGUUGGUUAACAACGCAUUUGUAGAGGAACGAACAGCAUGGAAUGACAAAUACCAAACAACACUCUGGAGGCCAGAUAAUGCCUGGAUUGGGGGGCAACAGCAGCGAAACAAAUUACAGCCGAUACCCGAUUAUGUAAGAUGGUUUAAAACGAACGAAUUUCAUUAUUUGACGUUAGAGAGAAACUCGCGCAUAACAUGCUCCGUCCAGGGAAGAUGGAAUACCGUUCCAGGGCUAUUUCUCCCAUCUCGGCUUUUAGAUAUGUUGUUUAAAAUAAACUGCCAUCCUCCUGAUGAUACAUUUCAUGAAAUUUCUCUCUUAUUAUGGAUUCCGGAAACUGAAGUCAGAAGGUAUUUUAAAGAAACCAAUGAUCAACAAUUAAAGUCGUUUGAGGAGGACAAAUUAAAGGAGAAGUGGAAUGGUACAUCAUUGUACAAGAAAAAUUCGAUGUCACAACUACAAGAGAAGUGCAAAAAUGCAGGACUGCAGACAAAGGGCUUAAAACAUCAUCUCGUUCAGCGACUGUACGAAGCGGGAGUAGAAAGCACACCACCAACCGAAAGUCAGUUAAAGGUAGAAAGCGUGCCUGAAACUGUUAAAGAAAUUCAGAACCUGACAACAGCACAAAUCAAAGGACUAUUACGAAAUCAUGGCUUCACAAUAAUAGGCAAUCGAGACGAACUUAUUCUUCGGUUGUAUCUUGUAGGAAAAGGAUACCAUCAUCUUGUUUUUUACCACCAGCAGAAGGAAAUUCUUAAUACUAUUAACGAUGCCGAACAGCUUGUUUUGGAAGAAAGGCAGGACUACUUGAGACAUCCGGAGGAUACAUAUAGAAAACGAACACAUUCUACACAACAGGUGAAAAAUCCUAUUCCCAAUAAUUCCCAAAUUAACCUGGAAAAUUUGCAUAAAAUAUUCGAAAAAUUAAAAAGCUAUCUAAGAAUUAGAAUGGAAGUAAAUAGAGAUAAGGGGGCAGAGUUUUUAAAAGAAAAGAAUAUCGGUUGCUCAAAGGAUAUGCCAGUGAGAACAAACCUCGAAGCAUUUUUUGAAAUCGGAACUAAAGUAAAGGUGAGGUGGUCUGCAGACGAAAUUAAAGACACAGGAUGGAAACCAGGAUGGUAUGUGGCAUAUGUUCAGUCAGCUGAUUCUUAUGAAGAUCAAAUAGUAGUUGAACACCCUAGCAAAGCAGAUGAAUUAUAUACACUUGAUGUUUCCCCAUUGGUAGCUGAAGGCAGUCUAAAAUUAGGUUAA